GCACGAAAGGCAUUAUGUGAGAUUGUGGGGCGGUAGGAAUAAACUCGGCAGAGUCAGCCAAGUGCUAAUACCUUAACAGUGCACAGAGGCUGCAUGAGAGCGCAGGUUUAGUGAGGAUUUGCUCUGUAUUAAUCCUGACAGGGAACAGAGAGCCAACUGGAGCGUGCAGGGAGGAGGCAGAGCAGGCACACAAAAAAAGCCAUUUGGGCUGGAAAACGCUGGAAGAAAGUAUGGCGUGUACCUGUGAGAUAAAAGUUAAGCUUAGGUUCUUGUGAGUACCCUCAAGCAAUUACUCCAAGGGAUAUUGGUAGAAGGAAACUCAGUCACAAUAUGCCAGUCUGAGAAAGUUUCACCACCAGAACUUCAGAGACGGCAGGACGGAGUAACAUGGGGCACCCUAAUGUGCCACUUUCCUAUAAACAAGCUCGGGCUCACAGGAAUAAGCACAUAUCCAACCGGCUGCAACCUUACACACCAAACGAUAAUUUGAACAAUGCACUGGGUGCAAUCAGAGUUCUAGGUGUGGAGCUGAUUGAAGAUGAACUCAAACCUCAUUUGAUCACAGUGCUGGCAAACAUUAGGGAGAAAAAGAAAGGCGCUGCUGAGCAGGUUGUGAUCAGCGGGAUUCUGCCAAUCCUGGCUCUAUCUCUGAGAAGCAGAGGGCCUCUAACUUUGUUGACUGCAAAACUGGUGGCUGAGCUUGCCAAAGAAUCUGUGGUCCGUAAAGGUUUUGGGGAUGCAGGUUUGGUUACAGCCCUGCUGUCAGUUCUGACCAGCACAAAUGAAGAGCUGCUCAUUUAUGCAGCAAGAGCCAUCUCACGCAUGUCUUAUGACAACUCUAAGCAGCAAGAAUUGUUGCUACGCCGAGGUUCGGUGCCACGCCUUGUUGCCAUCUUGCUCCGUUUCCCUGAUAAGGAGGCUCUGGAGGAGGUGUGCCUCAUGGCUCUCUGUAACCUCAGCGGCAUGGCAGUAGCAGAGGAGGCAGGUAUGAUCUGGGAAAGAGGAGUUCCUGUCAGGCCUGGGGAGUGUGUGUUUCAUGGCGUUUCUCCUCACACCUGUGGCUUCGCCUCUUCUGUGAAGCUGAUUCGGGUCUUGCAGUGGGGACCCAGCCAGUACAUGGUCAGCAUCGAGGACUUCCAGCGCUGCUCCUCCUCCUUCUGGAAUCUUCAUGGGAACAAACGUGCCGUGCACUGGUUCCCAUUCUUCAACUUGGGCAGCUGUUCAAAUAUGUUUAAGGUGAUCAAGUUUUCAACCAGGAACAUUCCUCGGACAAAGAGUCUGAAGACUCGUGUGUUCCAUACUUUCUUGUAAUAACUUACAAAUAUGGUGGCCUUACAAAUUGGACUAUAAAACACAGAAGUCUCCAUCCAUCUAUUCUACCCUGGAUGAGUCACCGCUGAGAGCAGCACCAAACCUAUGUUGACUGUCACACUGUUUGACAAAAAAAAAAGUAACUUCAUUACUAAACAUGGAAGGUGGGAACAACAUUUUGUAAAAGCAAAACAAAAAAAACAACAACAAAAAAACAGUGGGAGUGAUGUGUUCUGUAUGUUAACAAGGAGCACCCACAUUUUGGUGUUUGUGUGAAUUGUUUUUAUAAACUAAACUAGCUGGGACUUUAGACUUAUUUCAACAUAACAAUUUAUAACAUUUCCAGUUAAAACAACAGGGUUAUGUUUGGACUCCAUAAACCUGGACACUGCUGAAGUGCAGUAUCCCUUUUCUUAUAGGUUUUAAUUCAUUGUUGCUCUUAUAAGAUUCAGUGUUGGUUCUUGUCAAUGAGGCAACAAAAAAUAAUUUAAAUUCUGCAUCGCAAGGAAAAUAAUACAAAUAAUCAGUUCCACACAUCUCUGGCAAAUGAAUGUUUAAGCACCUCGAGUAAAUGAUUCUUACGGAGAUUGCGGUUUUCUAAAAGUAGCUAGUUACUUCUAAUAGUCUGACUUAUCAACGUCCACGCACAUCUGCAUUAAUGAAAUGACAUCUUCUUUAUGUAUUUCAUAUUUUGAAAAGAAACAGGAAGUCCUGGAUUACUAAUUCAAAGCUAUAAAGUCAUGUAAGCAAAGAAAAUGCCUCAGUUUCUGUAUUUGGAAAUGUUAAGAGUGCCUGUAACUGUGGCAAAAAAUGUAUUUUUAAAGAGUAAUUUUUAUAUGCAAUUUUUGUUUCUUUUCAAAUGCAUUUCACUUAAGCAAUGCCAUGUUUUGCAUUGUUCAGUUAACUAUUUUGUGCAUUUUCCACAGGUCUGAAUAGCUAAGGAUGGUACAGUAACAGUGUAUUUAAAAAUAGUGCUAAGAUUAUGUCCAUGUUACUAAUUUGCUUAAAAUAUGUAACAUCUGCAUAGCAAUGUUCUGCUUGUUUAUGAUCUAUUUUUACCUGUACUUGUAACAGUAUAAUAGAUAGAUAGAUAGAUAGAUAGAUAGAUAGAUAGAUAGAUAGAUAGAUAGAUAGAUAGAUAGAUAGAUAGAUAGAUAGAUAGAUAGAUAGAUCUAUAUAUAGGCAGCUCUGGAAAAAAAUAAGACCACUGCAUUUGAAAACCUCAUUGUUAUUCCACCAAAUAUUGAUUUCUGAA